AUGGAUCCCGGCUCUGUCUUAGACAACCUCCUCGCGCGCCACCGCGGCUUUGUUGUCGCAGCACAGCAUACUGCAGUAGCGAAAGCCCACCGGCGCCAUGGAUCGACCUCUUCAACGGCGCCACCAUCGAAGAUAGUGGAGGCUGUGGAGCGCGGCGUGAAUCCGCUCAUGUUGGGAAUGCAGGCUCACAAGACAGAGUCCGCUGCACGCGAGAAGGCGAAGGCAAGGAGAAGGGGAUUGUCGCUGGAUGUCUCCCGCACGUCCCAGGAACCCCCCGCACAGUCAGGGACUGCGUCCUCAAGCCUCCGCACCGCUGCUAAUCAAUCAAAAAAUGCCUCAGUCUCUACUACAACGGUGCUCACAACCCACACGCAACUCCCAGCGGUGCUGGCGACGAAAGAGAUGCAGCGGUCCCGCGAGAUGGCGGUUUCUGCAACGCUCACGUCGCGCUAUCAAGAGCUGCGUGCUAAGCGUCUGCAGGAGGAUGAGGAGCGCAAGCGCAGUCGUUCCGACCCCAUGCCAGCGUUGCGCAGCACCGGCGGCGGCGCUGGCCAGGAUGGCGAAAAGGGCGCUCCUAAACACGCGCGAAUGGAGGAGAAACAGCUGCUUCUGCAUGAGCCUCCCUUGCGGGCUACUACGGCCACCACAGUUUCUCAAACCCGGCGCGAUGUCUGGAGGCGGCGGUGUACAACGCGGAAGAUUCUGCGGAACUCGCGCAGGGUCUCGCGGGCCUCGGCGUUGCGUCGCUACUGGUACACAGCACUCUCCAACAACGAGACUAGGACUGGUACUCGCGGUAGUUUCUCACCAGCCAUGCAUGCGGUAUGUACUGCGGGUAGUGAAACAGGAGAAGAGGAGAGAGCCGCAACGGUGACACUGGCGUCGAAGACAAUACCAACGUCAGAGAGACUGGUAUGUUCCACCCCGCCGUUGUCGAUGCUUGCAUUGAACGACGCCACAGAGAAGCGCUGCGCCAUUCGUCGUCUCCGCGCUGCUCACCGCAGUGCGAGAGAAGUGCAUUACAACAUCCAGAUACCUAGAAAGCGAGGUGACGUCGUGACAGGCGUGAGAGCUGCAGCUGCGAUGCCUGAAACUGGUCAGGUGCCUGCAGUGGCGGCACAACUGGCUGCCGACCGCAGUGCAGUCUCGCGUCCGAGUCGUCGCCAGCGCAAGGAGGUCGUUCGUUGCAUUCUCAGCUCUUCCGCUACGAGGAUGUGGGCACUGGCAGCAGGCGUCGUCGCAGAGCGACUGAGCAUCGUUGCUCAGCUUCGUCUUGAGUGCGCGAGUGCUACAGCGCUGGCAUCGGUGUUGGCGACGCGCACAAAGGGAGUGGGUGCGCUGCCCCUUUCUCUCGCCCGCUUGUUCCCGCUGUUUGGUGCUGCGGUAGAGGUGCAAGAACUGGAGCUCACGUCAGCGCCUGUGCGGUCGCGUCGCUCUCGAGGUGCGUGUCAUGCCCACUUUGCCUCAGCCACCGGCGGCGAAAGUGCUUGGGGUGCACCGCAGCUACGUGUUUUACAGCAACGCAAGGGUAUUGUGAUGGAGGAGUACAGCGAAACACUGGGCAUUCUGUUGCUUCCUUCUGAGAACAGGGCCGAGAUGCAGGCUUGGGCAGAGGAAGUCGCAAGGUUGCGUGCACAAAGACAAGGCACGUUGGCAUGCGUGAGUGAGGAUUACAAAGUAGCACCGCUUACGCGCAUGAAAUCGUCGCCCAGUGUUGUGCGAGUGCCCAAGCACUUUCCCGGCGCGUCUGGCAGCUUUGUGGAGCUGGUUCAGCUGCUGUUGUUGCGCACUCCUACCAUCCUCUCCAUCAGCCACAGCGACAGAGGGUCAAUGUCGGCUCCUUCAACGGUGGCACGUAUACCAGCGACUUCUGUUGGGAACCUGCGCGUGCUCGCGGCUGUGUUUUGCGGGGAGGUGUCCACGGCUGCUGAGGACUGUGAUCUCGCAGCUCGUCACGCUGACUGUGACGACGCAGUUCCGCCGGUGGCUGCCGAAGGCAUUAGGUCCACUGCGUACCCGCUUCAUCGCCUUCUGCACCGCUGUCUGUGA